UCAGGAACCAUGAAGGUGAUCCUGCUGGUGGCGAUGGCGCUGGCGGCGGCCGCGGCUCGCUCCAUCGACAACCCCGCCGAGAGCCCGGCCCAGAGCCCGAGCGACGUGAAGGCCGUGCCCACUGUCGAGGACAAGGCUCGCUCCCUCUCCGUGCCUCCGCCGGUCCAGGUGACCUCUUCGAUGAUAACGGUGAAGGGCGACGCCAGGAAGGGCAGAGUUAUCGAGAUAGGCGCUGACGGCAUUCCUAUCAUCCACGGCGUGAGGGUGCCUGAUGACCCAAGCGAUACUCAGAUCUACAGGAACGCCAGAAUCAUCAAUAACAAACUCUGGACGGCCGAAGACGAAGCCAAAGCCAACCAAGUGGAAGGCAGAUCACUGUCCGCCGACCGCCAAGCCCGCGUUCUGACGAGCGGAAGCCAGGGCCAGACCGAGGGAGGCUUCCGGCCCUCUGCCAUCAGCGGCCCUAACCCUGCCGGCCUUGGCCCUGGAGGCCCUCAGGUCCCCGACUUCUACAAGAAGUACCUUAAGAACGAGCGAGCUGGCGUGAUCGCGGAAUCCUCCUUCGAAGACGAUAAUAUUUCAACUUCUUCUGAGCAGGUGGUGAGCUACAGCUACCUGGCGGCUCCGCAGGACAGCGCCCACUCCACCACCUCCCACAGGUCCAGCAACGACGUGGUUUACGGCUCGGGCUCCGCCGCCAAGCCGCCAGGCCAGCUCAGCGCCUCCGUCGUGUCCGUCGCUCCUGCAAAGGAGCUCCCCAAGCCGGUCGCUGCCGCCCAGACGUCCUCCGUAUCCGUCGCGCCCGCCAAGAUUUCGACGGCGUCCUCCCAGAACUCCGUGGUGGCGGCGCCUUCCAGCGUCCACGCCUCCGUCUCCAACGCCGUGCCCUUCGGCCACAACGAGGCCUCGACCUUCGCCGUCCACCAUGAUACCGGUGCCCACCACCAGUUCUCUCACUCCGCCCCGCAGGCCUUCCACGGCCAGGCCCCGACGCCCCCGCACGCCCCAGCCAGCGUGCUCCCCGCCAAUCCCAGCAACUUCAUCAUCAAGGAUGCCACGUUCCAGGCUCACCCCGGCGCCCCGACCUUCAACGUGCCCAUCCCGAUCCCCAACCACCAGCUGGCGCAGGCUGGGUCCGACUCCUCAUAUACCACAUACUACGCCGACGAGCUCGCCGCCCACCAGGAGGCCGCCACCAAGAAGCCCGUGUUCCAGAAGAUGAUGGAGCCCUUCCGCAAGGCCGGCGCCCAGAUCUAUGAGAUGGCGUCCCCUGUGUUCGAACCCAUGAUCAACGCCGGCCAGAUGCUGUCCCAGCGCUUCCGAAUUCCCGAAAGGAUGUCUGACGUGUCCGAUUCCUUGGCUCUAGGCGGUGUCAACGACUACAUCGAGAGGACCGUCGGCGCUGAAUCUCUGCCUGUGAUUGCUGGCGCCGCUGCUCUCGGCCUGCUCGGGCUGGGAUUGGUCGCAAUUGCAGCCAAUAGCAACGUUACUAUCGGCAAGCGGUCUGUGGAUGACCCAACUGAAGAAUUCAUGAAUCAGCUCCUGGACGCGCUUCCCCUCGACGAGUCGAGUCUGCUGGAGCGUCUGGAAGGCCACACCGCCUGGACGGAUUCCAAGUGUUCCAAGAGGAUCUUCUGUGACGUCAUGAGCUUCCUGAGCGACGACUACUUGUACUCUGUGGAAAAGCGUCUUGGGCUUUUCCUUUCGCUAUUAAAUCGAGGCAGCGCCGAGGAGUCGUCCCUGAAGAGAACGGCCGAUGACGUCAUGCUGGCCGUCCGCAGGCGGCAGUGCGGCCAGUUCGCGUGCGGAGGCGACGGCGUCGACUCGUCGAAGGUCAUUUCGCGGGGCGCGUCCGGACCCCGCUAAUUCAGGCCCUCCUCCAUGCUGGCCUGGCGGACACCUUUUCUUUUAUCAAAUAUUGUUCAAAAAUGUGGAGUGAGACACGUGAUCUAAAGAAGGCGGAUUAAUGAGAACAGAUCAAUCCAUUUUCACCUUUCUUCCGAUUGCUCUUAAAAUUUGAUUUCCUUUGAAACUUCGGCCGUGGGUGGUUAUUAAAGUUUCCUUCGUCGGGGACUCAGUUCUAUCCAUGUUUCAGGUGUCAUGUCAUCCGUUCGUGGUCCUUUUGGACGAGGAUUAUUCGUAUUAUUCUUAUUCUGAUUCUUCUGUGAUUAUCACUCGUGUCUGCAAAGUAAUUCCUCUUCGUUAUGUAAACGUAAUUGGUGGUUUGACCGCACAAUAUUUAUGAUAACACUGGUAUUUAAUCUGUAAGUUAUUUUUUUAUUGUUAUUCUUGUUAUCUUGUUCUCGGCUGGUCCGAUUUGUAUACAUUUUUGUAAUAAAACUAUAUAAUGAAU